AUGUCAAACAUUGCAACAACCAUUGAUUCCGUGUUCACCGAAGUAGACGAAGUCGCAGGAACUCCUUCACCUCGGCUUUCCAUUUGUUAUGAUUGUUCCUGCUUUCAAAGAACAACAUCUAAAAUGUUAGAAGGGAUAAGGGCUCAUCAGCUCUUAUGGGCGAGUAAACCUCAUCGUCCUUCCAAGAAGGCAAAGGUUGGAAACAAUCGGGAACCUCAAUACAACCAUGACUCGGUUGUUCAAACUCAAGCAAGAUAA